AUGAGCGAAGGUGCAACGAUAAGUAUUCUUGUUUUCGGUAUUGACAGCGCUGUGACGGAUAAGGUUAGUGCUCGCCUUCAGAGUCAAGGUGUUGAUGCGCGAUCGCUGGCAAUUUCGAAUACUCCGGAGAGCGAUGCUGAAAUACAACGUGUUGCUGGGGAGAAGAAUUGGAGCGGUUUGAUUGUCGGUCAUGGAGUACGGCAGGAUCAAGAAUGGUUCGAACGAGUUAUGAAAAUUGUGAAUGAAGUCAGUCCAAAUAUAUCCACGGUGAACACGAAGGGUCCGGAUGACGUAGAAAAUGCAAUCGAACGUCAUUUUAAUGUUAAAUUACCGUUGACAAGGGCUUAG